UGUAGUACGAAGCAAUCAUGAACUUCAAGGUGUUGUGCUUACUCCUCGUUAGUGUCAGCGUCUACAACGCUGUUUAUGCAUCCGCCAGCUCGAAAUCGAUAAUAGAUGCUGGCGUAUCUAUACUUAAGGGUGUACUAGGUGGACAAAGUUCUUCGAAUUCGGAUUCAUCCGAGUCGAACGAACAAUCGUUGAGCUCCAACCCUCUGGACAAACUGCUCCCGUCGCUUUCCAGUGUAGACUGGAGCAAGGUGAACGCGUCGCUACUAAAGAUUUCGAAUGUACCGAAUAUCUCCUCUUCUCUGACACCCGCCAUUCAAGAGAGUAUCCAGCUUGCUAGAAACCUUACGGUGCGCGCGUUGGGUGGCACGAGUGACUUGACCAACGCCAUUCAACAUGCAACUGCGAACGCGAUUCGCGACGCCAGACCUGUUCAGGCCCUAUAUGCCUUGAGCAACACUAUUCUGAAGAUAUUCGCCAAAGUAGCUGCCAACACGCCAGAGGGCACUUCUCUGCUUGUAAUCCAGGAUGGCUUGGCUAUAGUCGCAAUUAUCGCCAAAGCUCUGACCCCUAUUAUCUUGGCUGCCCUGGCCUCGGGUUGAUAUAAUCGGAAGUUGCACGAAAUUUUAACGUAUCUAUGCUUAAGAGAAAAUGUAACUAACGCUGUAACUAUCAGUAGAUUGGAAAUAUGUAGUAUGGUAAUAUUAUAA